AUGCCAUCUACCAUAACAACUAGAGUGGGCACUCCAGGUGCCAAUAUGAAUAGCAAGAACUUGAACUCUCUUAGAACACAGCAGCGCGUCAAUCAAAAACAAGGAUUGGAGGAUUGGGACCGUCUGAGGGCAGUGGACCCUGGCACGGUCUCAGUGUUGAAGGAGCUGAGUGAGAUAUCUGGGAUUUCGGCCCCCCAUGUGAGGUAUCAUCUAUUGAAGCUCAUAUACCCUCAGGACAAGAUGAAGGAUCCCGCGGACUGGGACCCUUCGAAAGAGGACGAAGGAUGUCUCCAGCUUUGCAAGCUUCUUAACCAAGACCACAGAUUUCUGGGUUUCGCUAGUACUGUCUCCAAACGCCAGAUUGAUGGAACCCGCACGUCGACCAAAGAAAUACAAGCGAUUGUGUCGGGAAGGUUGUCCGCCUACGAAGCUCGUAUCGGUGGACCACCCGUACGAGUUACGGAAGCUGCUACGAGUGGUUCUCCUACCCUUCAGGCGGUGGACCCCAGUCGUUUGUCGUCUGCUGAUGCACAGGAACCGGCAAAGACCUCUAGUACUCGUACCGCUGGGUGGCAAAGACUCAGAUCCUAUAGUGACUUAAGACAAGCUAAACGCGACCCCGUUCAUCGACCAUCCGGAUCUGCGUCAUCCACGAACUCUGGGUCAUCGGAUGGAAUAUCGGACACAGCCGGGGGCCGAGGCUCCGAGACGUCAAGCCCACUGCGACAACGGACCAGUUUCGGAGAUCUGAGGAGGGCUAGCAUGAACAGCCUUCGAUCUCGAUCUAGGUUUUUCGGUCAGCCUUCGCAAGCCGACCCUCCUCCUCCAGUACCAAAGAGAAAUUAG